GAUUGCACCUCGUGACUGCGCCGUGACCGCCUAUCGAUUCGCGCACUCCUCUUCGGGGAAAAUUUUCUGACGCCUCAGCUCCGCUUAUCGAGCGGCCGCAGCGCUGACUUCAUCCGUAUCACACGUUCCUGUAGCCGACGGGAGGAUAGCUCUUCCGUGUGGCUCGUCGAGGCGAUAGGCUGCUGUGCACGGCGUCGAGGAAUCCAAGUAUGAGAUACUGAAUAAAAUCUGCCACACACACAUACAGAUAAGGGAGGAUAGUCAAGGGAGUGUACAACUGGUAUUUCUUGGACUCAUCGCUGACCACAGCCAGACAAGAUGGGUUCCCUGUUCAGGAGCGAGGAGAUGACCCUCUGCCAGCUCUUCCUGCAGAGUGAGGCUGCCUACGCCUGCGUCUCAGAGCUUGGAGAGCUUGGACUCGUGCAGUUCAGAGACUUGAAUCCUGAUGUAAAUGCCUUCCAACGCAAGUUUGUCAAUGAGGUACGGCGCUGCGAUGAAAUGGAGAGGAAGUUACGCUACCUGGAGAAGGAAAUUAAAAAGGAUGGCAUCCCAAUGCUGGAUACUGGUGAGAAUCCAGAAGCACCACAGCCCAGGGAAAUGAUUGAUCUGGAAGCUACCUUUGAGAAACUGGAAAAUGAGUUGAGGGAAGUCAACCUAAAUGCUGAGGCCUUGAAGAGAAACUUCUUAGAGCUUACAGAGCUCAAGCACAUUCUGCGCAAGACGCAGGUCUUCUUUGAUGAGCAAGAGCACGCAGGCUUGAACUCCACCGAGUCCAUGACACGCGCAUUGAUUAGUGACGAUAAUAUCGCCCGCCAGUCCGCCCUUGGUCCUGUCCAACUGGGCUUCGUCGCUGGAGUCAUCCUGAGGGAGAGGAUCCCCGCGUUCGAGCGCAUGCUCUGGAGAGCCUGCCGUGGCAAUGUCUUCCUCAGACAGGCCGAGAUCGAGACUCCACUUGAAGACCCGUCCACGGGCGACCAGGUGCACAAGUCCGUCUUUAUCAUCUUCUUCCAAGGUGACCAGCUGAAGACUCGCGUCAAGAAGAUCUGCGAGGGUUUCCGUGCGACCCUUUACCCAUGCCCCGAGGCGCCAGCUGACCGUCGCGAGAUGGCUAUGGGUGUGAUGACCCGCAUCGAGGACCUCAACACUGUCCUCGGCCAGACUCAGGACCACAGACACCGUGUCCUGGUAGCAGCCGCCAAGAACAUCAAGAACUGGUUCAUCAAGGUUCGCAAGAUCAAGGCCAUCUAUCACACCUUGAAUCUUUUUAAUCUCGACGUCACCCAGAAGUGCCUCAUCGCCGAGUGCUGGGUACCAGUCCUCGACAUCGAGACUAUUCAGCUAGCUCUGCGCAGAGGAACCGAGCGUAGCGGUAGCUCGGUACCACCGAUCUUGAAUCGGAUGGAGACAUUCGAGGAUCCUCCGACGUACAAUCGUACGAACAAGUUCACCAAAGGUUUCCAGGCUCUCAUCGACGCCUAUGGUGUUGCCUCGUACCGUGAGAUGAAUCCGGCGCCUUACACCAUCAUCACCUUCCCCUUCCUGUUCGCCAUUAUGUUCGGUGACUUUGGUCACGGUUUAAUCAUGUUCCUCUUCGGCGGAUGGAUGGUCCUCAAGGAAAAGCCCUUGGCUGCACAGAAGUCUGACAACGAGAUAUGGAACAUCUUCUUCGGUGGUCGUUACAUCAUUUUCCUCAUGGGCAUAUUCUCCAUGUAUACUGGUUUCAUAUACAACGAUAUAUUCUCCAAAUCGCUAAAUGUGUUUGGAACCUACUGGACUGUCACCAACAUAACCACCGAUAAUGUCAUGAAUAUCAAGAGUUUCCAGCUGGAUCCCACCUGGAGCUAUAUUCAGCAUCCUUAUCCUAUAGGAAUGGAUCCUGUAUGGCAGCUGGCUGAAAACAAGAUCAUCUUCUUGAACUCGUACAAGAUGAAGAUUUCAAUCAUCUUUGGUGUCAUUCACAUGCUGUUCGGUGUCAUAGUUGGUCUAUUUAAUCACUUGUACUUCAAGCGCAGGAUAAACAUCAUCUGCGAGUUCAUACCACAGAUCAUCUUCCUGAUAUUCCUCUUCUUCUAUCUGACCCUCCUCAUGUUUAUUAAGUGGGUCAAGUAUGCGGCAUAUCAUCCAAUCUACAACACAGACGUAAAAACUUCGUCCUAUUGUGCUCCGUCGGUCCUCAUCACGUUCAUCAACAUGGUGCUUUUCAAAGCGCCAACCCAAUUACCAAACUGCGAUGAAUACAUGUACGGUGGAGAGCACUUCUUCGAAAGGUUCUUGGUACUAGUCGGUCUACUUUGCAUUCCCUGGAUGCUGCUGGCCAAGCCCUUCAUGAUGAUGAAGGAGAGGAAGAAGAAGCACAUGCAGUUGAACACACAUGGAACCGAGAACGGUGACAUCGAUGGCGGUGUGAUGCAGUCGCAAGGCGGCCAGAUGCAAGGAGGUCACAAGGAGGAAGAGGAAAUGUCCGAGGUGUUCAUUCACCAAGGCAUCCACACGAUCGAGUACGUGUUGGGAAGCGUCUCCCACACGGCAUCUUAUCUCCGUCUCUGGGCUCUCUCACUUGCUCACGCACAACUGUCCGAAGUAUUGUGGAACAUGGUAAUGAAGAAUGGUUUGACCCAAGAGGGAUGGUAUGGCGGCAUCGUCUUGUGGGCCAUCUUCGCUUUCUGGGCUGUGCUGACUGUUGGAAUUUUAGUUCUUAUGGAGGGUUUGUCAGCCUUCCUCCACACCCUUAGGCUUCACUGGGUCGAGUUCCAGAGCAAAUUCUACCUUGGUCAGGGUUACAGCUUCACCCCAUUCUCCUUUGAAAUAAUCCUAGAGACAGCUCAGUCUGCCACAGAAACAGUAACAGAUUAAACUAGGAGAGCACGAUUGCCUCGGUCUGGAAUUUCAAUCUCGAACUAUACCUCGGGAAUGAAUUGUAAUUGACGUUUCACUUAAUAAUGUACUUCUUUCUCUCUACUACGAUUAGCGUUGAAUAUAUUCUCAAGAACGAAAAGCCAAGACACUGCGCCUAUUAUAUGUUCGUUUUCGUUGACUAAUUUUUUUUUUUUAGAUACUAACCGUGUUCGACGCUCGGUUUGCUUGGACGAAACGAGCGACAUGAUUUUUGUGUAAAUAGCAAAAUGAAAUUUAUGAAAUCGGGUUUUCUUUCAUGGCAGAAUAAAAUGAUGUUUUAUUAAUCUUUUGUGUAUUUAUUGUGAUGUCAUUGUUUAUCGAGGAUUUUAAUGUUAAACUUUGUGAUUUUAAUUUUACAAAGCUUGUGAAAUGCAAUUUAGCUACCGCUAUUCCGUGUGAUGAGUAAUAUGUUAUAUUUGGGUUUGGUUUAAUGAGUAAUUUUAACGAAGCCAAUCCAUACGUUUACUUUGAAUCUCAUGUUUCGAAAUGCGCACACUAUAGAUUUUAUUAUACUAUACUUUUUCCUCUUCAAAAUUAGUUGAUUCCUCGUAAUGACAUAAAAAAGGUGUUAAAUAUGUGUAGAAAUAAGUAAAGCAUAAAUAAAUACAGCAUUAUUAA